AUGUCUGCAGCUUCGCCUGAACCAUCUACCUCAAAAGCACGGCGCCGCUCCUCCUCGACCCUGCGCGUCGAUCUCCGCCUCCAUGCCCCAGAUCGGGUUCUCGAUGUUCUGUACAUCCAGCACGAGGCCAUUGGCCAGGGUGGCUUUGGCAUCACCUAUGGUGCACAACGCCGGGACAGCGCCGCCCUUGUUGCCAUCAAAGCCCUUCCAAAGACUCCACUCUCCGUUCGAGAAGUGCACUUGUGGCGAACCAUAUCAGGCAUAGACGGCAUUCUCCCGUUGCGAGCCGUGUAUGAAGACGACGAGUUUAUCUAUGUCGAGGCUGAGCGGUGUCAAGUUGAUUUACGACAGCUGGUUCGAGCCCCACCUCCCAUGUUUAUCAUUUGCCCCGGCCUUGGCAAACGGCUCACCUCCGGCCAUGCGCAUCUUUGCUCGUACAGCUUUUGGAACGGGAGAAAAGCAGUCAUCAUGUGCAACGGGCGCGCCUCCGGAAAACGGAGACCCGUCAUCGUAGUCGUCUCCGGGAUCGCGAGGCCGCCCACCUCUUGCACUGCCUCGCUCUUGCCCUUCAAGAUUUGCACCGCCGAGGUAUCUCCUGGGCCAUCACCUGUGGGGGCAGCAGGCUCAAUCAGCUCGAAUGGAGCGACCCUACUCUGCACCAACCACGAUCGCCAUUGCCUCACACCCGCCUAUCGACCCCUCAUGUGGAGCCUGGGUGUCUUGCUCCAUCGCUGCAUCCUGGGUCAAACGCCGUUUCCGGCUCGGGACCACUUUCACGAACAGCUGUAUGUUGUGCGGGAUUGGUCUUGGGAUCCUGCCCUGCCCUGCUACUCGAAGGUGGACGCCCGCGCACUUGACCUGCUGGGACGGCUACUCGAGAAAGACACGGCUCGCCGUAUUACAGCCGCAGAAGUUCUUUUGCACCCAUGGGUUGUUGACGGCCCCAUCAAUGCCAGUGAAGGCAUUUCCAUUCUUGAUUUGAUGCGCGACUUUAUCGAUGAACGCGCCGAGGCAUCGCCUAGCCCCACCCAUCAAACCCCGAUAAGCUCUCCCAGCCCUUUGUCCGAGGCAACCGAUGACGAGGUGGGCGUGACUCCCUUGCGCGACCACUUGACGCGUGCUAGCCUCCAGCCCAGUCGUCAUCGAACCUCCUCUGCGCAUCCGGCCAUCGGACGCCGCGGGCUGAAUCGACCCUCACCGCCCCCAGCCCUGCCCCGGCGCUCUGGUGGAUCUCUGGCCACAUCUGCCUCAUCAGCCUCGCCUCCUGGGGCCCGUGGCUCGCACUCUCGCUUUGAUGCGGGAGGUACCCGCGUGCGUAGUACCUCGCAUUCCCACGUCACUCAGGUUGACACCCACACCCAGGUUGUCAAUCGUCUUCGACACCGUCGAGCAUCUGCAGCCAAUGUCCACCGCCACGACAUCCUUGCUGAGGGGCGAACCCAUCAUAGGUCACCGCCACAUCGGGAGUCUGACCACAUUAGCUCUGUUCAGGCUGAUGGUCGCGAGGUUCCUCUGCGUCCCACUCGACGCGAACCGUACCUUCGUCAGCGCGUCCCCACCACCCCGAUACGCCCGUGACAACACCCACUACUUUGGCAAGACCGC